CUGGCUCGAGCGCACCUCCGGCCGGCCCGAUGUGCGGUGCGCGGCCCGCUCGGAGGGCGCCGCGGUUGGGCUCCUGGGUGGCCCCUGGCCUUCGGCAGGCCGACCUCUGGGCCCGGGGGCGGUGCGCAGCUGCUGUCGGGCCGUGGCAGGAGGUCGCCCCUCCGCCGCCCCAUGUGGCUGCGAGCGCUGCGCCUGCUGACGGGGGCGCUGGCCUGGCGGGUGGCUGCCGACGCGGAGCUCUGCAGGCUCAACGACAUACCGCAGCAGUACACGCCGGAGGAAGAGGUCCAGGAUCGAUAGCCUCGAGGACGUGUGGGAGCUCCGCCACCAGAUCCUCACGACGCGGCCCGUCCGGCGCCGGCACAUUCGGAGCCUCGAGUGGUACCGGCUGUACCAGGCAGUCGAGCCGGGCGCCCGCCCAGUUCGGCCUGGAGGGCUACAGGUCCAGCCUGGCCCCCUACCUGCUCGAGGGAGUCGAGGGAGCCCUCGCCGCGGCGGACGCGGCCGCGCUGCGGGCAGUGACCGGCAGGAACGACGCCUCGUGCGGCUGGAGCAAUGUGGCGUGCCUGGAGGUGGACGGCGAGCUCCGCGUCACGGCCCUGGCGCUGCGCUCCCGCGACCCCGGCGUGUGGGCGGGGCUCUCGCGGCUGUCCGCCCUGCGGGCCCUGAGCCUCGAGGCCUCGGGUCGGACGACGGGGGUCGGUCGGGCGGCGCCCUCGCUGCCCUUCGUGGCCCCCGCUCGUUCGCGCCCGUGGUGGCCCCAUAUGCAUCUGUCCUACGUGGCCCAGUUGCU